AUGAAGGCGCUCAUUCUUGUUGGGGGUUUCGGAACCCGCCUUCGGCCUUUGACUCUUAGCUUCCCGAAGCCCCUUGUGGAUUUUGCAAACAAGCCCAUGAUUCUGCAUCAGAUCGAAGCUUUGAAAGAAGUUGGGGUCACAGAGGUGGUUUUGGCCAUCAACUACCGCCCAGAGGUAAUGAUUAAUUUCUUGAAGGACUUUGAGGAUAAGCUUGGCAUCACAAUUACAUGCUCCCAAGAGACUGAGCCCUUAGGAACUGCUGGCCCUCUUGCUCUAGCAAAGGACAAGCUUGCGGAUGGAUCUGGCGAGCCAUUCUUUGUCCUCAACAGUGAUGUCAUAAGUGAAUACCCAUUUGCUGAACUCAUCGAAUUUCACAAGUGUCAUGGUGGCGAGGCAACAAUUAUGGUCACUAAGGUGGAUGAACCAUCAAAAUAUGGUGUUGUGGUUAUGGAGGAGGCAACUGGCAGGGUGGAAAGGUUUGUUGAGAAGCCAAAAAUAUUUGUGGGCAACAAAAUCAAUGCUGGGAUUUACUUGCUGAACCCAUCUGUCCUUGACCGCAUUGAACUGAGGCCAACAUCAAUUGAGAAAGAGGUCUUCCCUCAAAUUGCAGCUGAUCAGAAGCUCUAUGCAAUGGUCCUUCCAGGUUUUUGGAUGGAUGUUGGUCAGCCAAGGGACUACAUUACUGGCUUGCGUCUUUAUCUAGACUCACUUAGGAAGAAAUCAGCUGCCAGGCUAGCUACUGGAGCACAUGUUGUUGGCAAUGUGCUUGUGCAUGAGAGCGCCAAGAUUGGAGAAGGUUGUCUGAUUGGUCCUGAUGUCGCCAUUGGACCUGGAUGUGUUGUGGAGGAUGGCGUGAGGCUUUCCCGCUGCACUGUCAUGCGUGGUGUGCGUAUCAAGAAGCAUGCUUGCAUCUCAAACAGCAUUAUCGGGUGGCACUCAACUGUUGGACAAUGGGCACGAAUAGAGAAUAUGACUAUCCUGGGGGAGGAUGUUCAUGUGUGUGAUGAGGUAUACAGCAAUGGUGGUGUUGUUCUCCCACAUAAAGAGAUCAAGUCAAGCAUUCUGAAGCCUGAGAUCGUCAUGUGA